GCUUAUUACCAGUGUCGGAAAGUGGUUUGGCUGCAGGACAGAGGGGGAGGACACGCAGACUUCAGAUUUGUCAUAUUCUUGCACAUCUUGGAUUUAUUUGGAGAAAUGUCAUGCCACAAGUUGUAGCAGUGAUCUCAUCAUCGCCUAAUGAAGCAGCAGAAAGGACAGCAGGGAACAUGAGAAAAACCAGAGGCAGGGAGAUAGAAAAGAGGAGGAGCCUUUACACUCAUUGCGUCAUUUAUUAGUCUCAAGAACAGAUUUAUUGUCCACUGGAGAAUCACUGCGAGGUUGUAUAUAUAUAUGCGAGUGUGUGUUGGGCUGGAGACAAAAAGAGAAACAGCAGACAGAGAGGAGAGUUUCCUACAGCAUAUCUUCAGCUGCUCAACCAACAUGUCUCAACCAGGUCAGGAAGAAGAUGAACAAAUGCAGCGUCCUGAGGUGAGAGAAGAAGACCUGACUGAAGCAAAGUCCAAACUGGGUACGAGUGGGCCAGCAAAGAGCAAGACAUUAGAAGUAAUGGAGGAGUGCGAGAAAAUGGGUAAAGCUGCUCCAUCUGUGUUCAGUGGAGUGAGGUCAGGAGCGGAGACUGUUUUGAACACGCGCUCAGCUCGACCAAUCAGGAAGUAGCAGGAGACCUUCUGACCAUUAUUGGAACACCUGUUCUGUGUUAGGGGUUUCAAGAUCAGUUUCCAGAUGUGCCUGUUUAAAAAAAAUCUUGUUUCAAGAUAACCUUUAUUUUUUAUUUUAAGCUUUUUGUUCUUCGUAAGUCACACUUGUUGCAGUUUAAUGUUUCAUGAUUGCACAUAUAUACAGCUGAUUAUUAACUUUUGAGAAUUUUGUUUUUACUGUUUUUGAAACAAGUAUUGACCCCCAGUUUUAGAGAGAAGGUAUAAUAAUGAAGGAACACAUGAAUGAAAAAAUAUCUUGGAAUUAUGCAAAUAUUGUCUCAUCCAUCAUGUGUUUCUCAGUAGUAAGUGCCAGUAAUGUAGUAAAUGUCAGGAAAAAUGUAAUAAACAAAUCCAUAAUUAUAAAAUAGAACAAAAA